CCUGAAGAAGACCAGCAGUAUGCAGUCGAAACGUCGCGAUCUACAUCACACGUGACUACAUCGUCAGACAAACGCAAAAACUUAGCUUUUAUUGUUAUUUACCAAGAUGAAUAACCACAGCCUUUUUUACGAAUGUUCAAGUGCUCUUGGUAUGGAGAGUCGCCACAUCAAAGAUGCUCAAAUCACUGCAUCUUCACAAUGGCAUAGAAAUUAUGCAGCAAUCCAGGGAAGAUUGAACUUUAAGGCCAGUGGAGGUAAACAAGGAGGAUGGUCAGCUCGGUGGAAUAAUGGAAAUCAAUGGAUCCAGGUGGCUCUUGGCAGUUACACCAAAUUAACAAGUAUAGCAACACAGGGAAGGAAUGCUUUCAACCAGUGGGUAUCAGCAUACAAGCUGCAGUACAGUGAAGAUGGAGUGAACUUCUACUACUAUAAAGUACCAGGACAGAGUUCACCCAAGGUUUUUAAAGGAAAUAAAGACAGGGAUAGUAUUGUGUAUCAUAAAAUAAGCCCACCAAUCCAAGCGCGUUAUAUCAGACUCAGACCCACAGCAUGGUAUGGUCAUAUAUCACUCAGGAUGGAGCUGUAUGGUUGUUUAGAAUGUUCAGGUGCUCUUGGUAUGGAGAGUCGCCACAUCAAAGAUGCUCAGAUCACUGCAUCUUCACAAUUCAAUGGAAAUCAUGCAGCAAUCCAGGGAAGAUUGAACUUUAAGGCUGGUGGAGGCAAGACAGGAGGAUGGUCAGCUCAGUCGAAUGAUGGAAAUCAAUGGAUACAGGUGGCUCUUGGCAGUUACACCAAAUUAACAAGUAUAGCAACACAGGGAAGGAAUGCUUACAGCCAGUGGGUAACAGCAUACAAGCUGCAGUGCAGUGAAGAUGGAGUGAACUUCUACUACUAUAAAGUACCAGGACAGAGUUCACCUAAGGUUUUUAAAGGAAAUAAAGACAGGGAUAGUAUUGUGUACCAUGAAAUAAACCCACCAAUCCAAGCACGUUAUAUCAGACUCAGACCCACAGCAUGGUAUAAUCAUAUAUCACUCAGGAUGGAGCUGUAUGGUUGUUUAGAAUGUUCAAGUGCUCUUGGUAUGGAGAGUCGCCACAUCAAAGAUGCUCAAAUCACUGCAUCUUCACAAUGGGAUAGAAAUCAUGCAGCAAUCCAGGGAAGAUUGAACUUCAAGGCUGGUGGAGGUAAACAGGGAGGAUGGUCAGCUCGGUGGGAUAAUGGAAAUCAAUGGAUACAGGUGGCUCUUGGCAGUUACACCAAAUUAACAAGUAUAGCAACACAGGGAAGGAAUGCUCACAGCCAGUGGGUAACAGCAUACAAGCUGCAGUACAGUGAAGAUGGAGUGAACUUCUACUACUACAAAGUACUGGGACAGAGUUCACCUAAGGUAUUCAAAGGAAAUAAAGACAGAGACAGCAUUGUUUAUCACCAGUUAAACCCACCCAUCAAAGCUCGCUACAUCAAACUUCGACCAACAUCGUGGUAUAGUCAUAUAUCGCUAAGAAUGGAGCUGUAUGGUUGCUCAGUAGAAUGUUCGGCACCUCUUGGUUUGGAGAGUCGACGCAUUAAAGAUGCUCAAGUCACUGCAUCUUCGCAAUGGGAUGGAAAUCAUGCAGCAAUCCAGGGAAGAUUGAACUUUAAGGCUGGUGGAGGCAAGCAAGGAGGAUGGUCAGCUCGGCAGAACAAUAAAAAUCAAUGGAUACAGGUGGCUCUUGGCAGCUACACCAAAUUAACAAGUAUAGCAACACAGGGAAGGAAUGCCCAGAGCCAGUGGGUAACAGCAUACAAGCUGCAGUACAGUGAAGAUGGAGUGAACUUCUACUUCUAUAAAGUACCAGGACAGAGUUCACCUAAGGUAUUCAAAGGAAAUAAAGACAGGGACAGCAUUGUUUAUCACCAGUUAAACCCACCCAUCAAAGCUCGCUACAUUAAACUCCGACCAACAGCAUGGUAUGGUCAUAUAUCACUAAGAAUGGAGUUGUAUGGUUGCUCAGUAGCUCCUGGAGUAAAUGUCCUCUGCGGCGAUAAAACCAUGACCAUUGUCAUCCCAAAGACCCUCCUCCGUGGUCUUGAUUUAAAGAAUCUUCGACUCCUGGACACCAAAUGUAAAGGCAAAGAAGGACGGACCCACCUUAGCGUUACAACAUCAUUGACGGGCUGUAAAACUGCCAGCAGGUAUACACCUACAGCUAUCAUCUACUCCAACACACUGAAAAUACCCGUGGCCGCUAAAAGUGCCGUAACACGCGUACAUGACAUAAAAGUGCAGUUCAGCUGCUAUUACUCAGCGCAUGGUAUAGUUUCAUCGCUUGGUUGGACGCCAAUUAAAACAACACUUGAGCUCCGAGAAAAGGCCAAAGGGAACUUGACACUGUCGUUGAGAAUGUUUCACAACAAGGCAUUUGUGAAUCCUUACACGAAAGUUGAUUUCCCUGUUGCUGUGGAGCUGCACAGACGAUUGUACUUUGAGGUAUCCGUGGCAACAGAUGACAAAAAGCUGUCAGUCAGGACUGAUCGAUGUUAUGCCACGCCCACCCAGGAUCAAAAGAAUUCUCUGAAAUAUGUGUUUAUAAAGAAAGGCUGCCCAAGUGACGUAACGGUGAAAUAUCAUUCAUCGCCUUCUUCUCGUGCUCAGCGGUUCAGCGUGGAAGCCUUUAAGUUCAUUAGUGCUCAUCCCUUUGUUUUCGUCCACUGCCAAGUGACUGUAUGCAAUGCAACCAACCCAGGUUCCAAAUGCUCGAUGAAAUGUCCUUCAAGUGGCCGAGGGAAACGUGAGCUGAGUGAUAACGUGACUUACGACGUGUACUCUUUAGUGCAGGGACCCCUGCACCUGACGCACGAGAAAAGAAAGGAGAACCGCGGGAGAAUUCUGGAUAAGACUGGUUCCAGUCCUCACAUUCCGGAGGCUCUGUCCGCUGACAUUCAUCACAAGUAGCUUCAAACUCAUUUACACUUGGACUUGACCUGGACUUGAACCACUGAAGGAUGUUUGAGCUGGAUAUUCGUGUAAAGGGUGUUUCACAAGUUCGUGCCCAUUUUUCUAAAAGGCUAUAUCUUACUUAUUUUUGCAUUCUGGAAGCCGUAUCUUUAAAAAAAUUACCUAAUUUUGCUUACUUUAACCAAGUUUUAUAGUCAUCCAAAAGUUGAA